ACUCUCUCUAUUUCCAUCCCUCUCUAUCUGUCAAUCAGCGCCGCCUUUGAACUGAAAACCACUCCGACCAACUUCAACUCACUCAAUCCGAGCGGCUCAGCUCCAUCUCCGGCUUCUUUUCCUGCCAAGAUUCCCUUCUUUUUUAGUUUGUACUAACCGCCAGUGUUUGGGAAACGCCAGUACAGAUCCUAAACUUGUACUCGGAUUUCUAGAUCAGCGAGAUCAAGGGUUUAAAACUUUUGUGUUUUGCCCCCCAAGAUUGCUCGGGAAAAUGCCGCAGCUCAACGGCGGUGGAGGGGACGAUCUGGGUGCGAACGAUGAAAUGAUUUCCUUCAAAGACGAAGGAGAGCAGGAGGAGAAAAUUUCGGAGAACUCCUCGGCAGAAAGGGAUUUAGCAGAUGUCAAAUCUUCUCUCGUAAACGAGUCGGAAACGAAUCAAAACAGCUCGUCGGAUUCAGAGGCGGAAAGACGGCCUCCGCCUAGAUCUGAAACUUUCAGAGACAAAACAAGAGAAAGUUUAGAGGAGGCUGCGAAAAGGCAAGAUGGAGGGCUGUUCAAGAGCCCACCGUACCCGGGCUAUCCAUUUAUAAUGAUCCCCGAUCUUACAAGCCCCUACCUUCCCAAUGGAUCACUUUCCCCAACAGCACGCACAGUAAGUUGGUUUAUUUUACACCUGUAUGCAGGACUGCUUUACAGCAGGCAGAUGCUGAGAGAAGAGCGCUCGCUCUCGCUCCUGCACCUGGUGUCUAAUAAGGUUCCAGUGGUACAGCACCCUCACCAUGUGCACCCACUCACGCCUCUGAUCACCUACAGCAAUGAGCACUUCACACCGGGGAACCCCCCACCCCACCUACAGACAGACGUGGACCCUAAAACAGGAAUUCCAAGACCUCCACAUCCUCCCGAUAUAUCACCUUAUUACCCACUGUCGCCCGGUACCGUUGGUCAGAUCCCCCAUCCGCUAGGAUGGUUAGUACCACAGCAAGGUCAGCCUGUUUAUCCAAUCACAACAGGGGGUUUCAGACACCCCUAUCCGACUGCGCUCACUGUCAACGCAUCCAUGUCAAGUCUUCUGUCCUCCAGGUUCCCUCCACACAUGGUGCCCCCCCACCACAGUUUGCACACCACGGGCAUCCCUCAUCCAGCCAUCGUCACACCCAACGUUAAGCAGGAGUCCUCCCACAGUGACAUCAGCUCCCUCAACAGCUCGAAACACACAGACGCUAAAAAGGAAGAAGAGAAGAAGAAGCAGCCUCACAUAAAGAAGCCACUGAACGCCUUCAUGCUCUACAUGAAGGAGAUGCGGGCCAAGGUGGUGGCUGAGUGCACACUGAAGGAAAGUGCUGCCAUCAACCAGAUCCUGGGGCGGAGGUGGCAUGCCCUAUCGCGGGAGGAGCAAGCCAAGUACUACGAGCUGGCCAGGAAAGAACGACAGCUCCACAUGCAGCUGUACCCGGGCUGGUCAGCACGAGACAACUAUGGGAAAAAGAAGAAGAGAAAAAGGGAAAAGCAGCAAGCAGAGGGCAAUGAACACAGAGAAUAUUUUCCAAACCCUUGCCUUUCACUCCCUCCGAUUACAGACCUGAGCGCUCCUAAGAAGUGUCGAGCGCGUUUUGGGCUCGACCAACAGAAUAACUGGUGUGGCCCGUGCAGGAGAAAAAAAAAGUGCAUUCGCUACAUCCAAGGUGAAGGCAGCUGUGCCAGUCCUCCCUCUUCGGACGGAAGCUUACUAGACUCCCCCCCAUCCUCCCCCUCCUCAGUGGCUCCCUCCCCCUCCUCAAAAGAGUCAAAACCUCAGACUGAACAAAUGCAACCUCUCUCACUGACUAUGAAACCGGCCCACCAGCCACUCCACCACCCACACCCCCUGGCUGGGCCUACACCGCCAUCUUUGGUUCAGCUGGAGAACUCUGCGGCCGCCGCGGCUAGCAAAACGCCUGGCGUCUCCUCCCACAAUGGAGCCCUGGAGCACGGUGACGUCUCGUCCUCGCGGCCGCCGGUCUCCUCUGUGGCUCCCUCUCUGGCCCGGCCCUCGGCAUCGCUGUGUCAUUCCCACUCGCUCCUCCCCAACUCCACAGCUCCUCAGCCUCUGUCGCUCGUGACCAAGUCCAUGGAAUAGUCUACCCUAUUCUCUCUUCCUUAUCCUCUUUUUCUAGUUCUGCACACACACACACUCAGACAUACAUACAUACACACCUUUCUAGGCCCCCUUCCUGUAUUUCACUUGCGUUCAAUCGUUUCCUUGUUAUGUUUCUGUGCCAUAUGGCUUCAGUUUUAGUUGUUGUUUUAUUAAAGUUCAUUGGUCAAUAUUUGACCCAUCAUUAUCGAAAAAUAUAAUUAUUAUAAAGAAAUAAUACAAUGAGCUGUAGUAUAGCUUUGUGAAUCUGCCAAAAUUUUUAUGACUUUUGUUUUGUCUUUUUGUAGUGUUAAACAGUGCAACAGAAAAUUAUGUAGUUCAACUUCAAAAACAUUUAAAAGAUGGAUAUAAAAAGGUAGGCUGGAUUAUUCAAUGAGCCCUUUUCUUAAAAAGAGUUGGUUCUCCUUCUUUAUUUGUAUUAAAUACGAGCUUGCGAACCAAUCAUUUUGACAUCUGUUCAAACUCUAGGAGGGCAUGAGGCUAGCUAGCAGUGACACCUCUCUGAGGAACAACUUUAAUUGUGAUGUUACUUGUUCUUGUUUAAAUGUACAGAAAUAAAGGGGGGGGGGUCCUGUG